CAAUUUUAUUACAAAAUAAAUAAAUACAAAAGUAAGAAUUUUUGAGCUUGGCUCAUAAAAUUACUUACAAACAAAUUCUCCCUGAAAUCUGAGUAACCAAUAACAACAAUGUUAAAAACAAAAGUGUUCUUAAUUAAAUUUCCAUAAGAUAAAGUUCGUCAUAAUCUGGAAGUAGAAUAUUCAUAAAUAUAAAUUGAAAAUAAUGCGAAAAGUAUGCACCGAAUGCUUUUAUUUUAAUAUUUACAAAGUUUUUAUUUUAUCAUGAGGUGGAGUGAAAACGAGACAUUGGAAUUUGUGAGGAUUUACCUCCGCCACGAAUGUCUGUGGAACCCAGCCAGUGUGGACUAUAAAACGCGUUGUGUACGUGAGAAAGCAUUCUCCGACAUUGUAACUGAACUGAAGUCAGCCACCGGUAUUGUCCUGGAUGAAGAUGAAGUUAAAGUAAAAAUAAAGAGUCUCAGAUCUACUUAUGUUCAAGAGAUAGCUAAAAUUCGGCUGAGAUCCAGUUCAGGGUCUGUGUACAAACCGACAAUCAAAUGGUUUGACGUGUGGCACAAAUGUCUAGAUCGUGUGAAGCGAAAUUACCGUAAAAGAGACCAAGAAAUUGAAACGCCAGAACAAGAAGAUCCAUGUUCAGAAAUGUGGAUUCUGGAAUCAACAGAGAACGCAGAAACCGAGGAAGCUGAUCCGUUUGUAUCACAAACUGAGAAAUACCAAGUCAUGUUUAAGUCUGAGCCAAAGGAGACAUGCAGUCUGUCCCCAGACCCUUUCAAACCCAAAGAUAAAAUGAAACGUAUACAUUUAAGUACGGACCUUUCAGAGGAAUCACACAGGACCAGCGUAGUGUCUAAUUCACAACUGAGAGAGGAUGAAUUUGACAUUUAUGGUAAAUAUAUUGCGUCUCAGCUGAGAAACAUGGAUUUACAGAAAGCUAUUAGAGUACAAUUGGAAAUACAGAGUAUAGUGAGUGAAGCUCGGUUAUCUUGUUUAAGUGGACAUUAAAACUUGUGUGUGAAAAAAUAUUUUUAACUAUAUGUAAGUAAGUAUGUACUUACAUUUAUGUAUGUUUAUUAAUGUUAGUUAAUGUACCUGUGCUAAAAAGUUAUUUAUUUAUGAAUAUAAGAUAAGGUAAUGAAAGAAAAUUUUACUUUAAUAAAAAAAUAUUAUAAAAAGCAUAGACACAACCCUCAGAAUAAUAGAUCAGACCUCAAAAAAACCCUCACCUGUGGUGGUCACCCACCCACAGACAACUAUUGAAAUUUUAUAAACAAAAAGUAAUAUAAAUAAAGAAAUUAUCUAUUACAUGUA